AUGAAGUCCGUCUUGACAGUCUUUUAUUGUCUGGGUCUAUGUCUGCCCGCUCUGGCUACGCCGCUGAUGGAAAUCACCCUCACCAACUCAACCUCCUGUCAGACCUACGGAGGCGAUAGCAUAGCCAAUCUGGUUUGUCGCGAUACAUGCAUUGAGCAGGGUGAUGGAUGGACUGGGGGAUACUGUGACGACCAGCAGUAG